AUGCUUUGCGUUCCGGACGGUGCUCAUCGGCAGAUGAAGGAGAAGUUGUCGAGGAGGAGACGGCGAGCGGGGCUGAAGAGUGCUGAUGGCACGCUGACCGAGACGAGACCCCCAGCCCCGGCCCCUGCCGCCGCUUCCACGCCACUGGCCGAGCCUGUGCCAAGCGAAAGGCAGGAGCUGACUCCCUUUGGUCCACUUGGCGACUUCAAGCCGGAUCCUGAAGAGAGCUGCCCGUGCGGUGCGCAAAGCCCGGCAGAGGCUGACAGUUACGACAUCUUCACGAUGACGCCGCAGUUUGACAUUUACACUCCCCGCGCUGAGCCUAUUGGCGACCGCUGUGACGAUCCAGCAGCCAAUCGCUCGCUUCGGUCGAAGCACAGGCGCCUCAAGGGCCGCAAAGUGAAGCUGCACAUCUAUGACGUCUCGCGCGAUCCGAACAUUCAGCGUGUCAACUCUGUCUUUGCGAACAAGGAUGCACCGAUAAAGCUAGGUGGUCUUUUUCACGCCGGAGUUGAAAUUAGCAAGCUCGAGUGGGCUUUCGGAUCAGGGUCUACCUUGGCCGUUCCCAGUGCAGCCGUGAAGAAGUCGCCAAAAUCCUUGCAGAGAUUGCGGAGCAAUAGCUUCGCGUGUCACCAGGAGUUCGGCGCCCGCCUUUCUGGCUCCUGCGUUUGGCGUGCGUUGGGGCGGCUGUGGACGAGAUGCUGCCGGAACCCGUCCGAGAUCUUCUGCCGUGGUGAAGCCGAAUUAGCGAUUAGUGGGACAAGCUGGUCACAGAAAGGAGACCGGCAGGCACAUGCCGCAUGCCUCUUGAUGGUGCCGCCGUCUGCUGCUUUGCCCAGCAGCAUGUAUCCGUGCAUAGCUAGUGUAGCCGAUGCGAACCACAACGAUUGUGACCAGCAGAAUUUGCUGCACUCAUCUGUAGCCAUCUUUACUUCGGGCUCGGCAAGUGACGCGCUUGCAGGGGGGAAGGAGAAGCGCCUCCGCGGCGGGCGCAUCUUGCGGCCUGAUCAAGCCGCUGCCAUCAAGCGAAGGCAGCAGCUUGAGAAGAAGGCUGUGCGCAGACGCCUUGCGCUGUGGCGCUCGAGGACUGUUGACGGCAAAUGGCAGACGGUGUACAUCACGUUGGCUGGUGACGUGUUGAAGAAGGGUGCAAGGGCUUACAGAGCUGCCGCGUCAGAUCAGCAAUACUUGAAGGCCUGCGGAAUUGCCAGCAAUCAACCUGCCUACUCGGAAAUAGAAGUGCCAGAGGCCCAAGUUGCAGCGCACUGGGCCACGGUAAACUGCUCAACAGCGUUGGAGAAGUCCAGGACUCCCAUGCACUUCCCGAUGUACACGGUGCCGUUGCAUGCUGUUCUGCAGAUGGUCGAAAUUGAGCCGCACGAAGAGCUGAAGACCAAAGGCCUGGUAAUGGAGUUCGACAAGAACUUGGGCAAUGCGGCCUUCGUGUCGCACCAAUGGAUCAUCCAGAUCCGCGGUUCGAGCAGUUUCGGGUUCUGCAGCAAGCCCUACGCCAUGUCACUGGGUGUGGUUCAGACGGUGAUGAACAACUUGGAUUUGGUGCCGCUGGAUGCAUAUACCGAGGCGAUUGUGCCACAGGCCAAGCCAUUGCAUACAGCAGCGCUGAGAGCAAAGCUUCUCUGGAUUUGGUAUGACUAUUUCUCCUGCCCGCAGCUGGAGCCCACGCUAAGCCAAGGCAAACACAGCUGCAGCUUGCUACAAGCUAUUGACAGCAUCCCCGCCUACGUGGCCGAGUGCUCCUUCUUCUUCGCUCUCUGCCCGAUUGUCGAAACACAAGACGGGUCCAAGUUGAGGACGGCAUCCACCUGGAGCCAGCGUGGCUGGUGCCGUCUUGAAAGAGUUUGUCGGGAGCUUUGCCACGACUCAUCUUGGAUCAUGGUGAAAGGACCCACACAAGUGGAGUUGAUCGUCUCAUCGCCCGCAAUCAACGGCGGCGGAGCCAUCGGGGAAGGUGAGUUCACAGUGCAAGACGACCGCCAGAAGCUCGCGCCCGUCCUGGCGGGUGCGCUGAAGCAGAAGCUCCUUUCACUGCUCAGGUGCCAGGAUGUCGUCGGCUACAGGGUCUUGCUGAAUCAGCAGAAAUCCUACCUCAGAGGCUUAGAGGUGCGGGAACUCGAUGAGCUGGUGCCCGGCUUCGAGAGCAGCGACGGCUGCAAUUCCGUCAUGGCCUUCUUCCAUCAGAAUGGAUUCACAAAUGUGCGCGAGACUGACAGGGGCGGCUGGUGCCCUUUGCAUUACGCAGCCAUGAGUGGGGAUCCGGAAGUGCUUCGAGGGCUCUUGGAGCUUCAGGCCAACCCAAACCGGACAACCAGAAAGGAUCAGCCUUUGUUGGGAGCACCGGCCUACACUUCGCCGCUAGCCAUUUCUCUGUUCCAUCGGCACGUGGAGGCCUCGAAAGUGUUGAUCCAAGCUCGCGCUGCUCUCACAGAUGGUUUUAUCAGCACUCCCCUGGUCGCUGCAGCAGCUGCCAACAAUCCCGAAGGGGUCCGCCUUCUUUGUGACGCUGGGUGUCCGUUGCAGCAUCGCAACCUUGUGGGCCAUACCGCGUUUGAACAAGCUUGCUGCUACAGCAAACUGGAGGCAGUGGAGGAGUUGCUGGCUCAGGCAGCACGAGCAGGCCAGCCCUUGGAUGCAGCGGCUGCUACUCGUGGCUUGCAGCUUGCCAUGGCAGAUCGGGGAGGCAGUGUCGCGCUGGUUCAGAGACUCGUUGAACUGCGCGCUGAUGUAAACGAUCAGAGCUUCGGCUGGUGGAAGGACUCUGUCAUCUUGGGGAUAUUCGGCACAGUGAAGACUUUGCAAUACAAGCUUGGAAGAGUCACGGCCCUGUCAACCUUGGCAUAUCACGGUCCUGGUGCUACUCCGUUGAUCUUGGCCAUGCUGACCUGCCAGUACGAAGGUGCCGCAGCACUCGUCCUCGUCGCAGGGCAGUCCCUCGUUUAUGUAGCUCCAACGAGUGCCGGCAAGUCUCUGGUUUCCGAGGUGUUAAUGCUCCGGCAGCUUCUUUUUCACGGACGGAGGGCGCUCCUCAUUCUUCCGUUUGUCUCCAUCUGUGUAGAGAAGGUCUCCAAGCUUCGUCAAGCUUUUGGAGCCUGCGGUCUGCGCGUCGAAGGUCUCUACUCAGCUUCGGACGGCAAGUGGCAUGCCGGCGCUGACGUCGCGGUUUGCACCAUUGAGAAAGCCAGCGCCCUGCUCAAUCGCCUGCUGGAGGAAGACGCGCUUCUCCGUGACAUCGGCGUAAUUGUCGUCGACGAAAUGCACCUGCUGGGGGAGGAGCAUCGGGGCUAUCUGUUGGAGCUCAUCCUGGUCAAGGCAAGGCUGAGUGCAGCUAUGGCUGCAGAUGCAGGUGGUGGUGCAGGUCUGCAAAUUGUCGGCAUGUCAGCCACGCUUCCAAACGUGCGGCUGCUGGCGGACUGGCUGGGGGCCAGACUCUACGUCAGCGACGAUCGACCGGUGCCUCUCAGCCUGUCUGUUGCCAUGAAGGGCCAGGUCUUGCACCAGGACUCGAGCCUGCAGGCAAGCCGGCCUCUCCCGAGAAACAACCGCGACCCAGACGGGCUUGUGCCCUUGGUGUGGGAGUGUGUCUCAAUGCAGCAGUCUGUCCUCGUGUUCUGUGCGACAAAGGAUUGGUGCGAAAAAGCCGCAGCCUUGCUGGCUGAUGAAAUGCCUCGUCUGGAUCAGCUGGAGAAGGAGAACUCAGGUCGCACCAACGCAGAUCAACAGGGUCAAGGUCAGAGGCUGCAGCUCGUCGAGGAAUUGAAGCAGACGCAUUCGGGCCUGUGCCCAAUCCUUGCUCGGACUGUGCUCAACGGCGUUGCCUACCACCAUGCAGGCCUCACAACAGACGAGCGCGCUCUGCUGGAGGCAGCUUACCGGAAAGGAGUCCUGCGCUGUCUUUGUGCCACGUCAACUCUGGCUGCAGGAGUGAAUCUUCCAGCUCGGCGUGUCAUCAUUCGUUCCAUGAAGGUUGGAAGAGAUCCUCUAGAUGCUGUCCGGUUCAGACAAAUGGCAGGGCGCGCAGGACGUGUGGGCUUCGAUACCGAGGGAGAGUGCAUCGUGAUGGCGCGAACGCUGAAAGAAGCCGACGAGGCUCGCGCUCUCUUCGCUGCCCAGCUGCAGCCGCUGCGGUCUGCCUUGGGGAAGGAGCGCUUAGUCAGGGCAGUGCUGGAGGUCAUCUGUCUCGGACUCGUCCGCACGGUGGAAGAGCUCGAAGUACGCUUUGCAAGGAAGCUGUUCCGCUGUUGCGAAGAGUGGUCCUCAACAUGCAGCAGUCCGGGUGUGAUGGCUGUUCCGGCAAGUUUGCUGCAAGACCUACGUUCGGCACUCUGUUCAUUGAAGGCGCAGCAGCUUGUCGAAGUGGACGACCCCUAUGGCCAUCCCAGCAUCGCCAGCUCCGAACCCGAAAGCCAAGGCACGGAGGUGUAUUCGCCACAGGCCACAAUUCGGUCAACUCCUCUCGGCAAUGGCAUCGUCCAUUCCGCCCUGAAGCCCGAGGAGGCAUUGAGUGUGUUCUCAGAUCUUCAGAGAGCCCGGAAGUGUCUCUGUCUGGACAACGACCUGCAUUUGAUCUUCCUGGCCACACCGGCAGCGUCCGUCACCAUCGAGCCGGACUGGGCAAGAUACCUGAGUUAUUACGAGCGACUCCAGUCCAGAGAUCGUGCUGUUUCUGAUGCCGUCGGAGUCUCACAUCACUUUCUGUUGAAGCAGUCCAUGGGGCACCGCGGGCCGCUCCCUGGAAGCAGCGGCGACUGGCGCCAGGACCGCGAGCGCGUCACGGCCCUGCAUCGACGGUUUUGGGCAGCUCUUGCCUUGCGAGAACUUGCUGCUGAGAAUCCGCCUGCUCGAGUUGCCAGUGCCUUUGCAGCUUCGAGGGGCUCGCUGCAGGCGUUGCAGGGAAUUGCAGCCACCUACUGCGGAAUGGUACGCCAGUUGUGCGAAAGGGUGCACUGGAAUGACAUGGCUGCACUGUUCGAUUGCCUCAUGCCGCGCCUAAACUUCGGUGCUGCGACGGAGGCACUGCCUUUGUGCCGCAUCCCUGGAGUCCACUGCGCGCGAGCAAGGGCGCUGCUGCAGGUUGGCCUCUCCAAGGUUGAAGAGGUCGCGCAGUCGCCAAUCUCCAUGGUCGAGUCUGCGCUCAAGAAGCUUUGCCAGCUGGAUCCUUGUGAGCCGAGCGCUGCCCAUCAUCAGGAGGCUGUCAUCCGCGAAGCAGCCGCCCGGAUUAUCCAGGGAGCGCAGCAGCAGAUCAACGCCGAGCUGCAGAGAAUGCAGGACGAGACGGAGGAGGCUCGAGCACGCUUCUUCCGGAAGGGCCCGAGCGGCUGGACUCAGAGCGGCUCGGCCUGA